AUGGCGAGAGCCCGUUCAGACCCCGGGCGGAGAAUCAUUGCUACAGGACAAGAGACUGAAGAAACUGUUUCUCAGGAGCUGCGCAGCCCCUCUGAGCUGAGGAUUGUGCUGCUUGGGAAGGACUGGGCUGGGAAGAGUUCCGCUGGGAACACCAUCCUGGGCAGAAAGGAGUUCACAUCUGAAAACAGCUCCUCUGGUGGAAUAAGAGAGUGUGAGAAGAGAACAGGAAAGGUGUCUCUGAGGCGGGUCACUGUGGUCAACACUCCAGACUUGUUAGACACAGGCAGGCUCGAGAUUGAGAGAUGUGUUUCGCUGUCCGCCCCAGGACCCCACGCUUUCCUCUUUCUGAUACGGGUGGAAGUAGAAGGAAGAAUGAGUCUAAAAGAACAGGAGCUGAUGAGGAAACACAAAGAGGAACUGAGAAGAAAAGAAGAGGACAUGAAACAGAAAUAUGAAGUGGAACUGAGAAGGAGAGAAAAAGAGAUGAUGGAGAAGUUGAGAAAGCAGAUGAAGAAAGAGUCAGAAGAAUCCAAGCUGCCUGUCAGGAGAAGAAACAGCAAUAAUUUAGGCCUUCACAACUUGUCUGGAGAGACUCCCAGUACAUCUGCCCUAGCACCUCCCAGUCUUUCUGAGCUGAGGAUGGUGCUGCUUGGGAAGACUGGGGUUGGGAAGAGUGCAGCAGGAAACACCAUCCUGGGCAGAGAGGAGUUUAGAUCUGAAGCCAGCUCCUCUGCAGGAACGAGGGAGUGUGAGAAGAGAGAAGGAGAAGUGGCUGGGAGACGUGUUGCUGUGAUUGACACUCCAGAGCUCUCUCAGGACAAACUCCAGAUUAGGAGCUGCAUGUCUCUGUCUGCUCCGGGACCCCACGCUUUCCUCCUGGUGAUACCAGUGGGACGAUUCACGGAGGAAGAGAGCAGAGCAGUGGAGACAAUCCAGGAGAUAUUCAGUGAGGAGUCUGUGAGGAGGUACAUGAUGGUCCUUUUCACACACAAUGACAAACUGAAAGGCAAGACCAUUGAGGACUAUAUUGAGAAAGGCAGCAAGGAGCUCCAGGAGCUGGUUGAGAAAUGUGGGAACAGGUAUCAUGUUCUCAACAAUGAGGACAGGAGUGAUCGCACUCAGGUCACACAGCUCCUGGACAAGAUAGAUAACCUGGUGAUUGGAAACAACGGCUACUACACUAGUGAGAUGUACCGGAGGCAGAAGCAAAGAUUAGACAAAGAGAAGAUUAGAUACUGAAGGAAGAGGAAGAGAGACUAAAGGCCUUCACACACCAGACGUGACACGAUUUUUACUGGGGCGACACGACAAAUUUUGCUGCGAAAACACUGUGCACACCAGAAGCGAUCACAGACACGACGAGACAGCUGAAAUUUUGUGGUGCAUGUGGCUGGUGCCGUCUGACCAGGAAAUGAAACAAUAACAAUGGUGUACGGGCAAAACGGCGCUGCUGCACUCGUAUUAAAUAAUUAACAAAAUAAACAGUUUAAACAAAAUAAACACCAACAAUUCUAAACAAGUACAUUUUAGAUAUAGCAAUUGUUUCUCUGUUAAUUUAGACUCACGUCUCGCCUCUGACGCUCUCUCCUGAAGCGCAGAAAGCUGCAGGUUUUUAUACAGGUGACCAUCUCCCGAUUAGCAACAAGUAAUCAAUUAAUUAACUUGGGAGAGGGUCACCUUCUACACAGGGUUUUUAAAUAAAUAAAGAACACACAAACGCACAGCU